ACUUGCCAAUUUCAACUAACGAAUACCUCUAUAAAUUGGUACAAAAACCUCACUAUUUUAGACAAGCAUUGCAUUAAAAACCGGACAUAAAAUAGUAUAUCACAAGUAGAGAAAUGCCACCGCGUUCUGUUGUCAAGAAAUUUCUCGCAAGGCCUCAGCAUGAAGGACUUGGUGCUGUUGUUAGAAGAAGCAUUGGAAGGUUUGAGUUGAGAUACUUUGACCCUUUUCUUGUUUUGGAUGAGUUCUCAGUUUCUGCUCCUGCUGGGUUUCCUGAUCAUCCACAUAGAGGCUUUGAAACGGUCACCUACAUGUUGCAGGGAGCUGUGACACAUGAAGAUUUUGAAGGCCACAAAGGAAGGAUUGAAGCUGGUGAUUUACAGUGGAUGACAGCUGGAAGAGGAAUAGUUCAUUCUGAAAUGCCUGCAGCUGAGGGAACUCAAAAGGGUUUACAGUUGUGGAUUAAUCUCUCCUCCAAACAUAAAAUGAUACAACCAAGGUACCAAGAGAUAUCAAGCGAAGACAUUGCAGAAGCAGCAAAAGAUGGGAUCAAGGUGAGAAUAAUAGCAGGGGAAUCAUUAGGAGCAAAAUCAGCCAUAUAUACAAGGACUCCAACAAUGUAUUUGGAUUUCACUCUAAAGCCAGGAUCCCAUCUUCAUCAACCAAUUCCAAAAUCAUACAAUGCAUUUGUGUAUGUCUUGGAAGGAGAGGGAAUUUUUGGGCCUCAUGAAUCCUCAUCAACAUCAGCACAUAAUCUCCUUUUAUUGGGUGGUUCUGGUGAUGGACUUGAGGCAUGGAACAAAUCAACAAAGCCCUUAAGGUUCAUAUUGGUGGGUGGUGAACCAUUGGGUGAACCAGUAGCACAACUGGGGCCUUUUGUCAUGAAUACUCAACAAGAGAUUGACCAAACUGUAGAAGAUUUUGAUAAUUAUACUAAUGGUUUUGAAAAAGCCAAGCACUGGAGGUCUCAAGCCAGAAUUCUCCUUGACUAUUAGGACAAAAUGACAAAAAUGGUCCCGGUUCAAAAUAAUUUCUCAAGUAUCACUUGAUCAGUUUUGAUCCUUUGAAUAUUUGUCAAAAAUGUGCAUUUUUUGAUCCCCAUCAGAUAUUUAUCAAAUUCUGAUUGUUAAAUGUAAUCAUAAUUGUGAAAAUAGAAAGUAUUUAACGAGAAGUCACAUUUAGAAGUA